AAGAAUCGUUAGAUGCUAUUUGUUCUGCAUCAUUUGUUUAUCUGGCGAUUGUUGAUAAUACUUUAGGCGAAUAUGAAGAUGUUAGAGAAUUGGCAGAGCGUGCAGUUAAAAAAGCAUUAAAAGAAAUAAAUGAUUCUGAUCGAAGAGAGAAAGUAUCGGAGAUUCUACCCCAG